ACCCAACCUUCUUUGGCGAAACCUUCCUCGAAAACCAUUUCCCCUGUUGCUACAGAACCGACCAAAAUUGCGCGACCAGAGCGUGCUCACCCGUCUCUCGAAGCAUCAGGUGUUGCCGACAUGACAAUGCCCAUCGUCAACACUGCCGCAGCACAACACGACAUCACGCCAGUUGGCACCCAGGAACGCACGCAGACACCACGCCGGUUAUCUCAAAGUUCCGCCUCCUCCGACGACACGUUUGUGUCGGCGUCAUCGGUACAGUCGGGACGUCCAGUACAGUCAGGCACGGAGUCCGACCAGCGCACACCUCGAGCGACUGAGCAGCGACGGCAAUCCUCUCCCCAUGCAAUAUUACUACCCGCAACACACCGACCCACCAUGUCCCGUGCAUCCACACCCAACCUCCCACUCGAUUCUCUCACCGACGCCAUCGUCGCGAGCAACCUAGCCUCUACCCGCCAAACUACUACAUCCUCGGCCUCCUUCCAAGCACCUCCUCCCAUACCCGCGCCGCGGCGCCACGGCGGCAAGAAUAGCCACAGAGGAAAGCACACCUCCGGCUCGCGCAGCGCUCUCCCCACCAUUCCCCUCCAGCCUAACCGCACAGCCGAAAGCCUCCGUUCGCAACUCACAGACGGUAGCCGCUCCCCGAACCGAGCACAACACCCUCAGGCUACCCAGCAUCAGCAGCAACGCACAGGCGUGCUCCUGCAGACCCUCCGCGCGACCCAACCGGUCCACUCAGACGAUGAGGACGCGCGCCGGCGCGCCUCGCAGCAUCAUCACCACCGGCGGCGGCGCAAGGUCAAGGCGUCGCUCGGCGGCGGCCGCAAACACGCACACCACGAGGGCGCCCGGCGCCGCUGGCGCGACGAGGUCACACCGCGCGAGCGGCGCAGGUAUGAGGCGGUCUGGGCGAGCAACAAGGGCUUGUUCCUGAAGCCUGGCUGGGGUUAUACAAGCGACCAUACAGGCGAGGAUGAUGGAAGGGCGUGGGACGGGCCCGAGGCCGAGUUGGUGGUCAAUAUCGUCGUCAGGGACAUUUGGCGUCGGAGCAGGCUGCCUGCCGACGAGCUGGCCGAGGUGUGGGAUUUGGUCUACUGUCACCAUCAGCGUCGUCGGCACGCCGGUGGUGGUGGUGGUGAUGGUGGUGAUCUUCUUGCUGGGAAGGAGAGGGAGAGAAAGGCGCUGACCAGGGACGAGUUUGUCGUCGGUAUGUGGCUCAUUGAUCAGCGCCUUAGGGGCAGGAAGAUACCGGCUAGAGUGGGCCAGAGUGUUUGGGAGAGUGUGCGAUAGGGGUUUUACAGCAUCUGAAGGGUUCGACCCUAACCGGGGUGUUGUAUGUUGUCAGGAAGUGGGUGAGGAACGGAAGGAAGAGCAGGGUUGUCUGAAAUACAUCAUACACGGGGCUUUGGACUACAGGGGAGUUUGGUUUUGCAUGAUUUUCUUGGCUGUACUAUACAGCGCCUGCAUAGAGAUACCCAUUAGACAGGCAGGCGAGCGUUGACUUUAUCAUGUCCAGUUCCUCGCUCUGCUUUGGAUGCGGACUAAUCACUGGUGUUCUGAACAUGAUUCUG